UGUGGUCUGUGUGCUGGAGGAAGCUACUCCUGCUGCUGCUGCACCGGAAUCUGAAGAAUUCGAGGUGUCCGCCAAGUCAAAUUACUUUUGCCUGCCGCCGGUUCCUCGACUCUUCUGUUUGUCCAGACACUCUCUACGGCUCAGCGAGGGGAAAAACAAUCAUGUCUCACACCGACAAGAUGAAGCAAGGCCAGUUCACUAACCCUGAGACGCCAGGGUAUGUUGGAUUCGCCAACCUGCCAAAUCAGGUUCACCGCAAGUCCGUUAAAAAGGGUUUUGAGUUCACCCUUAUGGUUGUCGGUGAAUCUGGACUUGGAAAAUCCACCCUGAUCAACAGCCUGUUCCUGACCGACCUCUACCCUGAGAGGAUCAUUCCUGGGGCAGCAGAAAAGAUCGAGAGGACCGUUCAGAUCGAAGCAUCCACGGUGGAAAUUGAAGAGCGAGGGGUGAAGCUGCGACUCACUGUGGUUGACACCCCAGGAUACGGAGAUGCCAUCAACAGUCAGGACUGUUUCAGCACCAUUAUAAGCUACAUCGAUGACCAGUUUGAGCGGUACCUCCACGACGAGAGCGGCCUCAAUCGUCGGCACAUUGUCGACAAUAGAGUUCACUGCUGCUUCUAUUUCAUUUCCCCGCUCGGGCAUGGCCUGAAACCCCUGGAUGUUCAAUUCAUGAAGGCCAUCCACAACAAGGUCAACGUGGUUCCUGUCAUUGCCAAGGCAGACACGCUCACCCUCAGAGAGAGAGAGCGGCUCAAGCGCAGGAUUCUGGAUGAAAUUGAUGAACAUGGUAUCAAGAUUUACCACCUUCCCGAUGCUGAAUCUGAUGAGGACGAGGACUUUAAAGAGCAGACCAGGAUCCUCAAGGCUAGCAUCCCUUUUGCGGUGGUUGGAUCCAACCAGCAGAUCGAGGCCAAGGGGAAGAAGGUGCGUGGCCGCCUGUACCCCUGGGGAGUGGUGGAGGUGGAGAACCCAGAACACAACGACUUCCUCAAGCUGCGUACCAUGCUGAUUACCCACAUGCAGGAUCUACAGGAAGUGACCCAGGACUUGCACUAUGAGAACUUCCGCUCAGAUCGCCUCAAGCGCAGCGGCAGGUUGUCCUCCCAUGGUUACAUUCUGCCUCUAUCCCCUGCCAGAAAGGGUCCGGAACCAGAGGAAACGGACAAGGAUAUGAUCCUGCAGGAGAAGGAGGCUGAGUUGAGACGAAUGCAGGAGAUGAUCGCCAAGAUGCAGGCUCAGAUGCAGAAGCAGGGAGACGGAGAGGGAGAUGUUUGAAAAUGUGACGGUGUUUGAGACACCACUUGAACUUGACCGGAGACAGACGAAGGACAGCAGCGAUCGGCUCGCACUGCUCGCCACUAUCUUUAUUCAAUUCCGUACGGGAUCUGGAUUGCUGAUAUAUAUAGUAAAAUAUAUUCAAAGUGUUAUGAUACAUUCUAGAUAUAUAUACUCAGUUUUAUUUCUUACACUUUUUUUUUUUACCUUUAGUCUCAGAUAAUUCAGCAAUUGCCACGGGAUUUAAAUGGCGUCAUAUAAAUUUUAUUUUUAAUACAAAACCGUCUGUUAGCCUUGCAUUUGAAAAGAAAUGCAUGUUUUUGACAUGAAGAUCAUUCUUGUUGCCAUCCAGAAGCACAUAUUUCCUCCAUGACAGAACUUCACUGUGAGAGUCAAAAGAAACAACUUUGUCUAAAUGGUCUUUUUAUGUGAGAGUAUUUCCCCCCGGGUCAAGAAGAGGCCACCCAAGUGUGCCAUGAAGUGUUACUGAUGUCAUUACCCUCAUGCAUGCAACUCCAGAGCCAAAUCUGAGGCAAGUUCCAGUGAAGUGGUGGGUGUUCAUUGUGUUGUGCAUCCCUCUUACCUGUGAAGUCCAACAGUUGGACAUUACUCCAAACUGUAAUGUAUAAAUGAAGGAAAGUCGGUUGUGAUGUGGGUGACCACUGCAUACUUGUUUCACGUGAAGGCGUUAAUCCAUUACUUUCUUCUGUCCCUGUGAAAUCAUGUCAAGCGUUUUCACUUUCCGUCUAAUUCAAGGUAAGAACAUUUCUCUUAAGUAUUUGUACUCGCUUUAUUUGACCAUAAAGGUCAAAGGUGGCCCAAUGAAGGUAUACAUGACAAUUCAUUCCCUCACCAGCCAAAAUGUGAGCUGCUGACAUUCCUCUUUGAGCUGUUUUUAUCCAAUAUUAAAGUACCAAAUAUUGUUCUUGAUGCAAAAUGUUGUAAUAAAAGUUUUAUUCGUCACAAAAACAGUCUUGUGGUACUCA